GAGUGUUUAUGCUCCAGGGGCCGCGGGGCGUCGUCCGUGCGCGCUGUCCAGCUCGAAGCGGCUUUGGACGAGAGUGCUGUGGUACGCGACGCAGUCUCAGUCCCUAGGUUAGCACACCGCGCGUGCUAUCGAGGCGGCGACCAAGCCAGGAGAGGAGGCCAAAACAGCUCAAAUCGCUGCCUCCUGUACCGACGCGACAGCCGCUUCAGAGUUGUGAUUGCUGCUUCGCGCGAGCCGUGCUCACUGAGAUAAGGCCGCUGCAAGCGCCACUGUAGCCCCGCGCGCCGCCCCAGCAGCAAUUCCCACCGAGCCACAGCCGGGUGCCGCGCACGCCGCAGAGCGGACAAGCCCUCGCGAGCACGAUCGCGUCGCGCGCGUCGCCGCGGACGGAUUUGGUGAGGGAGCUCCUCGGGUCGCCCCCGGUGCAUUCGGCCAAGGCCGUCGCGGAGGCGCCGCUGACGUACCGGAAGGCAGCCAUGGCCGAAGCAAAUACAACAAUGGGCGACUUGUUUGGAGAGUCGAGCGGCGAGGAAGAAGAAGUCGCGCCGGCGGCGGCCGUGCCGGAUCCGCCGAAGGCCCGACGGCGCAUCAUCGACGACGACGACGACGACGACGAAGACGACUUCGCGCCGGCGCCGCCGAAACCUCCAAGUAAACCAGACGCGUCCAUGAGCGACCUGUUUGGAGCCGACAGCGACGAAGAUCAAACAGAAAAGAAGGACGAGACCCACAAGAUGGAGGACUUGUUCGGCGCUGAUAGUGAUGAGGACAAGCCCGCCGAAUCGAAGCACCGCAUGGAGGACCUGUUCGGGGACGACGAGGAUGAGGAACCCGUAGCACAACCGGUCGAAGCUCCUACUAGAAAGCUCCAUCCCAAGAAACGUAUCUUGGUGAAGGGCGACAAGGUCGAGAAGUUGAUCCUGCCAGAAACACCAGCACCCUCGGCCACGGCAAAAGCCGCAGUUUUACGAGUGCCCAAAUUUGUCGCCUUCGAGCAGUCCCCGUGGGACCCGGACAAGCCCCAGAAGGAAUACGACGAAGGCCAGGCCGUGCUGCGGUGGCGGCUCGAGAAGGAUAUUCUCACGGGUGAGUCGAUGCUCGAUGAAAAUAACAAACCGAAAUGGACCAGUAACGGGCGACUCGUGAAGUGGUCCGACGGUAGUAUGCAGUUGAUUGUGGGGAGCGAGCGUUACGACAUUGUCGAGAGACCGAUGAAGUCGGAGCGACUAUGUCUGCAGGCCAAACCCAAGUCGGGCGCCAUGUGUCUCGUCUCGCAGAAGGCGCUCGAGACGGAGAUGCGACUGAGGCCUCCAUCACUAUCGUCCGAAGCGCAUAAGGCCUUCUCAUUGAGAACUAAAAAAGCAGUGGUGAAAGCUAAAGGGGUCAAGGAGUUCUUCGCGACUUCCGAUCCGGAGAUGGACAAGCGGGCCCGAGAAAAACAAAAGGACGAGGAGAUACGACGCGAGGCGCGUAGGAAGGCGCGGGAGGCGCGCGGGAAUUACUCGGGAGGGGGCUACGGUGGCCGGGCCGCGGCGGGCAUGAACCGCGCCUUCCUCGAAGACGACGAGCCGGGCUUGUAUGAUGACGUCGGCGACGUGGGCGCGCUCAAACGCAGCACCAAGGCCGCCACGAACGAGGCCAUUUUUGGGGAGAGCGACGAGGAGGAGGAUGAUGGUGGGGACUUUGAUUCGAGGAUGAAGGCGGCGGGCCGGGCAGCUUCCGAUGACGAGGACGAGGACGAGGCUCCUAAAUCAGCCACAAACGCGGACAUCUUCGGCGAGAGCGACGACGACGAGGAGAUGGCCGAGGCGCCGCCUCCAUCAGAACCUGCCGUACAACGGAAGCGGCGCGUCAUCGCCGACGAGGACGAGGACGAGGACAUGUAG